CUUCAUUCCCGCACAAAGCGCCCGGCAUCCUCCAGCCUCUCCGUCCCGCCAUGAAACAGACUCUGAGCGAACUGAUGAGGAUGAGCAGGAUAUGCCGGAUGGUAUUUGCCACUUGUUUGGGAUCCUUUAUUCUGGUCAUCUUUUAUUUCCAAAGUAUGUUUCAACCAGUCAUGCGGAGGAACCCCUUCAUGGUGGAAGGCUGCUGUAGGAAAGGAUCCCGCAAUGCCCUGCAAGAGCUCUACAACCCCACACAGCCGGAGUUAUCAGGAGCCGCUGUCCUCCACCAGGCCAGGAGGGAUCAGGUAGUUGAUGCCUGUCGGGUCUACAGUGCAUCCAGUCGUAAGCGGAGAGUCCUGACACCUGGAGACCUCAAACACCUUGUGGUGGAUGAAGACCACGAGCUUAUCUACUGCUAUGUCCCCAAGGUAGCCUGUACCAACUGGAAACGUGUCAUGAUGGUGCUUACAGGCCGGGGCAAAUACAGUAACCCAAUGGAAAUUCCUUCCAAUGAAGCCCAUGUUCCCUCCAACCUUAAGACACUGAAUCAGUACAGCAUUGCCGAGAUCAAUCACCGCCUCAAGAACUACCUCAAGUUCCUUUUUGUUCGUGAGCCCUUCGAGAGGCUGGUCUCUGCGUAUCGCAACAAGUUUACCCUCAAGUACAACUCAUCCUUCCACAAGCGCUUUGGCACCCGCAUCGUCCGGCGCUACCGCAAGAAUGCCACACAGGAUGCCCUGCUCAACGGUGCUGAUGUUAAAUUCAAAGAAUUUGUUGAGUAUCUGGUGGACCCGGCCACGCAGCGGGAUGGCCCGCUAAACGAGCACUGGCAGACUGUGUACCAGCUCUGUCACCCAUGUCACAUCCACUAUGACAUGGUGGGCAAGUACGAGACGCUGGAGGAGGAUGCAAACUAUGUGUUGCAGCUGGUAGGUGUAGGUGACUCCCUGCGCUUCCCGAGCUAUGCCAAGUCUACUCGCACCACAGAUGCUAUGACGGCUCAGUUCUUCAGCAAUAUCAGCACUCAACAGCAGAUCCAGCUCUACCAGCUUUACAAGUUAGACUUCCUCAUGUUCAACUACUCCAUACCCAGUUACCUGAGGUUGGACUAAUGGAGGACAGAGCUGGGACUCUGAGAGUGGCUGCCUUGGUCAAAGAGAUACAACAACAUGAGCGAAGGGCAAAAUUUUAUGGAAGCAAACUUAAUUUAAAAAACUGUUGUACCUUUCAGGCUUAGGUUGUUAAAUUGAUAUGUAAACAGGUGCUGAAAGAUUGCGGUAUUGUGUGAUUUUCUGGGAAUAAUUCAGAGGAUGUCCAAUCAAUACUUAUUGGACAAGAAUGUGGGCUAAAUGGACCAGACGCAUGCAAAGACUGAAAUGUGUGGGUGAAGCAGGUCUUCAAGGUUCUUAUCCUCAGAGGAUGGACUGAAUGAGGGAUUCUCCAGAUGUUGUUCCCUACACAUUUAAGCAAACUGCUGACAAAUUAGGCUGCUUCAGAUUCUGCAAAGCAAACAGCAUCCUCGCACGUGCCCUGACCCCAAUGCAUUGUGGGAGCUAAGCUUGUCUCCCCCUCCCUCUGAUCAAUAGAGAAACUCCGUCAAAUUGUAAAACGCAGUCAUGUCCAUCGCCACGCUCUGAGCGUGGUGAGCUAAUGCCCAUUAUGCUUGGCCUCAUUGGAUUCCUACAGUUAAGAGGGAAAUUGACUCAUCACCACCUCAAGGAUUGCCUGCAGUUGAUGGCUACUGAUUUCACCCUCAAGACCUCUACAUCUGUAAGUGUGGUGGUGUAGCCUGCAGCCCACGGCUGUAACAAACCAAGUUUCACUGUCACUGGUUUCUAACAUUAGGUUGUUGGCAGAUGGGA